CGCAGUAACAUAUAGUAGAGAGGAUCACGGUGUUACGGGUAGCUAGAUAUGAGGCUGUUGUCGUUCUUAGGCAUGUAGUCUACGUGUUUGUUACAGAUGCCGACGUCCAGCCAAGCCCUCAUCCUCAUCAAGACGGACAGUGGGCGGCUGUCGAGCUUCUACAAGACCCGAAUCACGCCAGAUGUGACCCUACCGCUGUCCCGGGUCAACCUGACUGGAGACCCUGCUGCCCGUGUCCCGUAUACCAGCAGACCAAAGGGGAUGGUUCACAGUCACAGCGAGCCAUUCACGCCAAGCAAACCCCUUGAGGGUGUAACAGUUAACGGUUUCCGUGGGGUGCUGUCCUUCGACCCCAUCCUGAAAGCAUUCAGGUGGCAGUUGCUUCCCGACCCCACGGAUCGUAAGGUGGGUGUUCCUGCACCGUGCAGUAACCAAACGUCUCCGGAUCUGGACGAGAGUCAUGUGAGGGAAGAGGUAGUGCUUACCAACCUGGACGACCCCCCGUCACCGAUUCCCCCAUCCCCCGGAGGCUCCAUCGACAACUCCUACCGUCGGCUACUCAAUCUCGGCUUCCCGACAUCGUCAUUUCGGGGACUGAACCCAUCUCCGAGCCUAGAGCCUUGGGAUAGCGGGAUGUCGGGGCUCGACCUCAGGAGAGCCGCCUCUCACAGACCGAUCACAGGCCGGGGACGCUCCCCAGAGCAUCUUGCCGACAGACACAUGUCAGCUCCAAGCAUGGACGUUCAGUCUCGAUUGUCACGGGAUGAUCGUGAUCCAAGAUCAGACAAAGACGUCACACCAGAGCUUUCUCCAAGCAAAGAAAAGGCGUUCAUUGACAAUGUCAAGAAGGCACAGAAACGGAAGAAAUCGAAGUUGCCCUUCAUUCGCAUGCGGCGAGAGUUGCCGCCACCCGCACCAAAUGCCUUGUGUUUCUGUCUGAAGAACAAACGUAGCUUCUCCCAUGAAGAAAUCAAGACGAUUUUAGAGAAUCAGCUAGGUACCUCCAUAACAACCCUGAUGUUUGAUCCCCUCUACGUCCACCUAGGAGUGGAAAAUACCGAUGGUGCCUGUCUAUGGGUCUUCUCACUAGCAGAUGACUCGCUCAGAAUCCACUUACUGCAUCAAGGUAUAAUAUUCGAAGAAAACCGUUUGCGCGUGCGUCGCUAUGACGACGUGUUGUUCGAUGAACAUGAAGCUUACCGCCUGUACCGCAGCGUGGAAGAGGAACAUCAACGUCUGCAGCUGGUGCCAUCACAACGGCGGCACUCACAAAAAUCGCUGGGGAGUGAGCUCAAGAUCCAAAAACAUGUUGCCUUCACAGGCUCUUUUUGAAUUACCGUUAUGUAUUAUCCUUUAAUGGGUCAUUAAUCACUUCAUAUUUCAGGUUCUGUUGAAAAUGUAUGAAUGUUGAGUUUGCAUAAAGAUUUGUAAAUGUACCUGUUCAACCAAAGUUCUAUUGCACUGCAUCAUUAUAGUCCCUAAUCAACACAA